UUCGAUUUAACGCCAUACUUUGUUUGUAGAAAACGCCGUUUUCCAUUUGGUCAGCUCCUCCCAGUCGAGUCCGUUACGAUGGAAACGUACAACGGGAACUUGACGGACGCCUUCUGGAAACAGUACAGCGUCUCCCCCCAAUGCCUAAACGGGAUUUCCUUCUAUGACCUGCAAGAAUCUUUGAAUGCCUUGGACUGUUCCGACCUCGCAGGGGACGACGGGUUUCCGGCGCACCAAGGUUGGGAUGACUUUGGCAGCCUGGACGCGGCAGCCGUUCGUCGAGCUGUGGAACACCUGGAUGAUCCCACUCUGCACGAGCAUGGUCUUGGUGGAGACAACAGCACGGAACCCGUCCAGGACAGCAGGUCAGGGAAAGAAGACUCCGAUGAAGAGAGGUGUUGUGACGACAUGAAGCCACGGAAGGAACGGACAGCAUUCACCAGACAACAGGUGCAGGAGUUAGAACAAGAGUUUGCUCAACACAAUUAUCUCACCCGACUCCGAAGGUACGAGAUUGCCCUGGCCCUCGACCUCACGGAAAGACAGGUGAAAGUGUGGUUCCAAAACCGUCGCAUGAAGUGGAAACGGACCAAGACAACUGUUCUAACCCCGAUGAAAUCUCCCGGUGCCAAUUCGUGAAGGGUUUUUCGAGGCUUAGCAAGAACCUUCCUAUACGUGAGAUGUUAUUCCGAGAGAAAACGUGUCGUUUGUACCGUGUAGGUAUCGUAAAGCAGCUGAGGCAUAAAAUGAAAUUGCACGUCAAGUACUCUUUGUCGAAAGCAGCGAUGUCUACACUCUUAAAAAUAAA